AUGGCAAUAGUAGAAAGAUCUUCAAAAGAACCAACAAAAAAGCAAAAACAUGACAAAGACAAUAAUGCAAAAAGGAAAAGCCUUACCAGUAUCCAAAAAGCUGAAAUAUGCAGUUUAAAACAAAAAGAAGUUAGUCAGGUUAAAUUGGCAGAAAAAUUUAGUGUUGCUGAGGCAACAAUCUCAGCACUACAGACAGUUAUGGGUGUAAUACUUCAAUGCAAAGCAAUACAACUUGCAGAAAGACUCGAUGUGACAGGUUUCAAUGCCUCUGAUGGGUGGCUUUCAAAAUUCAAAAAAUGGCAUCAUAUAAAAGAAUACAAAUGCUUAGGUGAAGCUGCAAGUACACCUCUUGAGGAACUUCUCAAAUUCUAUGGCGCAUCAACCCAUGGACUUGAAGAAGGUAUAACCCUGACAAAUGUAAAGCUUAAAUUUCUUCUUUCAUAUACAACUGCACAUUUGCAACUAUGCGAUGCAGAAAUAAUUUGGAGUUUUAAAGCGCAUUAUAAAAAAAUUUUUUGUGAAAAUCGUAUAGAUGCAUUUGAUACGUGUACCUUUUUGGAAUUUGGUGGUGAUCCUCCUAAACCAAUAACUAUCAAGGAUGCAAUCGAUUUUACUGCUGCCGCUUGGAAAAAAGUGAUACCGAGAACUAUCCGUAAUUGUUGGAGAAAAACUAGCAUUUUGCCAAAGGAUUUUCUUAAUAAAUUAUUCCUAUUUGAGGAGCUUGACCAAGCUAUUGAACACGAUAUUACUAGUGAGAUUCAGGAUUUGAUCUGGCGUUUGCCUUUUAAACAACCCAUGAGUGCUGAAGAAUAUGUAAUUGCCGAUAAUAAUCUUAUUACUACUGAAUUGCCGAAUGAUGAAGAGAUAAUCGAGGCCGUAAAAAAUCAUGAAUGUAUUGAACCAGAAGAUGAAGCCCCUCAUAAACCAAUAUCCUUCUUUCAAGCCCUAGAAUUUAUUAAUGGAAUCUCAUUGUUUCUCGAGCAACAACCAGAUGGCAGUUUUAAAGUCAAUGAUUUUUUUAUCCAAAAUUUAAGUCAACUAAAGAAGGAAGUGAGACUAAAGCAUAUUGCUUCGAGACGGCAAGGCACCUUGGAUUCAUUUAUUGUUGGCGCGGAUUAG